AUGACUAACCGAUAUUCUGAAUGGCAUUGGAGAAGACAAUCCAGUAACUCAAGCAUCUCGACAGCGCAGAAGAUCUCAUCGUUUAAAUUCAAUCAUUCAGUAAAAGCAUCAUAUUAAUUAACAAUUUUCAAUAAUUAUUGCUUUUAUCAAGAUCAACGAAGAUCAAGUAGAUUUACAACUGUUAUAGUAUUUUUUAUGGUUCACUGGCAAGUUCUUUAAGUACGAUUUUCAAGGUAGUUUUUGUAUUUUCUGUUUAUAUUUGUAAGUUUGUAAUCAUGCAAUUUUUCCCCGAUGUGGCGUUUAUAAAUUCUUCCAUAUUUCGCAAUACGUUGAACGUUUCUAAAAUCAAAAAAAUAAUGUAAUUUUAUAAAACAAUUUACUAUGUUAUCUUUCUGCUGGUCAGAAAAAAUAAUAUGAUAGUUAAAUAUCUCCAAAUGAUUAAGUUUCAAAAUUUUCAUUUUGUUUAGUUAUUGUUGCUCUUUUAUAGUGAAUUUAUACAUUAUUUGGCUUUAUUUAAGUUUUGAUUUUAUUAAAGUAAUAAUGAUUAAUAUUAAAAUGGUACUUUCUUUUUUAUGUAGAAUUUUUUUAUUCGCUUUAAAUUACAUGUAUUGCUAAGUACUUGUACAAAAUACUAAAAUUUCGAAUAAUAGUUGCUUUGUAUAAAAUAAUUAACGUUCUUUAUCUUUUUUUUUAAUAUUUUAAUAUUUUAAAAUAUUAGUAAUUAUUAAAUUUGAUUUUAAUGUUUUAAUUAACAUGAAAGUUAUUCUUACCUUUAACAAAAAGAACAAUGAAAUGACUAAACUUAAAAUCCCAUGCAUUCUUACUUAUAACUAUGUAAUUAACAUAAUUUAUUUAAUUUAUAUGAUUAUUAAUAUAACUAUUAAUUCAUAAAAGAUAAAGCCCAUAAUUAAACAUAAUUUUUGAAUAUAGGAAAAUGUUACAUAUACUAAAUAGAUUUUUAAACUUUAAGUUAAAGCAAUAUUUUGUGAUGAUUAUAAAUUUUGUAAGUAGAUAGAUUGUAGAAACUUGUUAUUGUACUAAUCAUAUUAUAUAUAUAGUAUUCAUUAAUAAGAAAUUGCAAUUAUAAUGUAUGUAUGAAAAAUCAAUCCAUGUAUAGUACUUACAUAAGUGCUACAUGAUAUAAAGUUAUAUCAUCAGUAUAAUUAUAUUAACAAUGUGUAGAAAUUUUAACUGGGUCUUCAACAGAAAUAUGUAGAAUAUUAUAUUUUUUAAUAUAAUUUUUUUUUCUUAUAAUGUUUUUAAUACAAAACAUAAAAAAUAUAAAGACUUAAUGCACACAAGAAUGUGAUGUACUAUAUAAAAUGUACAAUAUGUUAUUGAAUUACAUAGCUAGCAUUAUCAUUGUGGAAUUAUUAUUUACAUAUUGCAUAUGGUUUAAAAAAUAUCAUUAAAGAUAUUUUGAAAUACAGAAUUUUUAUCAUCAUAUCUUACUAUGAACAAAAAAGAUAAACACAUUUGAGAAAAAGGUAUAAUUUGGUCUAUUAACAAUUUUAUUAUGUAUUUGUUUAAUACAAAUACAAUUAGAAAUUAUUUUAAAAUAACAAUAUUUGUUUUGUUAUUUCUUUAAAUAAUCUGAAGAUGCAGUUAUAUUCAUUAACUUUCGUUUUGUAGCCUUAUAUAGAGUGUAAAUAGAGAAUGUAAGCUUAAUAUUCAAAAUGCUGUUAAAUAUAAUCGUAAAAAUAAGCUGAUAAAUUGUUGCUAUUAUUAGUGUUUACACAUUUUCACGCCUCGUUUUUUCUAGAUAAAAGUUAUUCCUUUUGAAUGUUCUUAAUUCUAACAGCAUUUAAAACGAAAUAUCUAGCUUGAUCGAUAUUUUUUGGAUCAUUUUUAUACUUAAUAGUCUACUUUUUAAUUUAAAUUUCUUUGCUAAAUACUAUUUGUACACUUUUGCUAUAUAAUUUUACUGUACAUCUGAAAAUCAUGCUUGGAUAAAAUUAUAUUUUGAAAAAUAUGCCUAAAAAUAUUAUGAAGAUGUCACAUUUUUAAAAUUUUAAAUAUGCAAAAAAAAUUGCGUGAAUUUUAUCAUUAGAUUGAUUAUGGAACAGUAACUGAAAUGUACUCAUGCGAGGGAAUGUAUUCAUGUAUGAUUAUGAAUGAUAAUGUAUAAUAUGAUCCGUGUUGAUUUUUUUUUUUUAUUAAUUGGAUAUAUAUUUAAAUUAAUAAACAUAUUGGUACUAAUGUGUAAUAUGUUGAAAGUACGAAAGAUUUAAUCACUCUAGAUAUCUUUUAAGAAAAUAUAAUUAUAUACAUAACUUAUGUAUAUAUACAUAUAAUGUGUAUAUACAACAAAAAUUGACAAAUAUUUUAAUAAAUUGAUGCAUUUCUUGAAAGAAUAUCAUUGAUACAUAAUGAAAAGAUAUUUUAAUAAUGUAAAGUAACAUGUUAUACGUUAUUAAUAUCUAAGAUUAAAAAGAAAGUAAAUUUUUUUAUCUAUUUAUUAAAUAGAUUAUAAACAUAAUUAUUUUAGAAAAAAAGAAAUUGAUUCAUUAUUAAAAAUUGUGAAUAUCUUUUAUGUACAAUAUUUUCGUGUGUAAUUUUUAAUUACAAAGUAAAGUUAAAUGUAGAAUUAUGUAUGUAUCAUGAUUAUUGAAAAACAUAAAAUAUACUCUUAUAACAGUGUAUUAGAGAAGUUUUAUAUAUAUGUUAGUGAAAUUUUCAAUGAAAUUUUACUUGAUUUUUAUUUAUAAUGUAUAAAUAUAUAUAUAUAAUUAUACAUAUAUUUAUAUAUCAUACAAAUAGUAUAUUUAUUUUAUUUAUUAUAUAUUAAAUAUAUAUACUUACAUAUUAUAUUUAUUUAGUUUAUAAAAAAUAUUCUCUUAAUAUAUGUGUAUACUAUGUAAGAAAAAGAACGAAGAAAAAAGAAGAUAGGUAUGUAUAAACACAAUUUCAAUUUUUUGCCUUAAAUACACAUAUGUAUUGUCGAAAAAUUAUUUCAUUUAUUUUAUUACAAAAUGAAAUACAGCUUAUUCUAAAAUAUUUUUCUUAUAAUGUUUCCAAUUUAAUUUAUAACAUAUAGUAUAUUAUGUUGUAAUAUUACAAACAUAAUAUUCUUUAUUGUAUGCAAUAUUAUUAACAAUAAAAUACAACGUUAUUGCGCUUUGAUCGAAAAAAUAUUUUUUCGCUAUUAUAUAUGAUUAUGCUCAACUUUAGUAUGUAUCAUUUUAAUAACAUAGUAUAUGCCAGUGAUGUGUUAUUUAACAAAUGCAUAAACUUUUUGGUCUUAUUAUAUAUAAUACUAUUAUAUACUAAUCGUUUAAUAUACUUUAUGUACACUUACAUGCAAAUACAUUUUAUAAUAUGUUAUAUACUUAAUAAAGACUAUAUAUUUUAUCUAUUUUGUUAUCAAAUUAUAUCCCGUUUAUUCCAUGUAAGUUGUAAGUCUAUUUCUUUAAGUAAGUCUAUACUUUUGUAUUUUUAUAUAAAUAAUUUUUAUAAAAAUUUAUUACACGCUUAUAUUAAAUAUUAUAAUUGAUAUAAAAAAUAACAUUUAUAUUUAAUUAAAUUAAUUGAUAUAAAAAAUAACAUUUAUAUUUAUAUUUAAUUAAAUGAUAUGUUUUAAAUAUAUUAAAAAAAAUAAAUAUUUUAUUUAUACAUUUAUAAUUAGACUAUCUCAUCAAAAAAUAUAUGCAAUAUGUAGCAAAGACUACCCAAUGGCUAGCAAAUCCAAGUUGUGA